GUUGCUUGAUGAAAGUGGACUAGAGCUCAUAAUGGUAGUUAAAUGGAGGACAUACCCUAAUGCAGUGGUUCCCAGAAUUCUUUGAAUCGUGACCCACUUGCUGGCUUACAGAAAAUUUCGUGACCCACUGGAAUCCAGAAUGAGGUAUUUUCAAAGUAAUUAUGACAUGAAGAUAACUGAUUGACCUUUUCUGCAGGGCAUGUUUUAUGACUGGGUUUCCAGGGACAGCAACUGUGGAUACAGUGAUUUUUUAUACUAGGAAAUUGUAUGCGACCCACCUUAAUGCCUCUCGCGACCCACAGUUAGGGAACUGCUGCCCUAAUGCAUUGCUUCCAUAUCAUCCAGACCACAUGCAACUUCUCUUCCACUGAAAUUCAUAUUUUUUUUGUGGUCCUUUUCAUGGAGAUUGGUCAGAAGGAAGCUUUAGAAAUGAUAACAGAUGGAUCAAAGUAUCAAAAACAGAGUAGGGCAAAUCUGGGAAUUCCACAACACUCCACUCUAUCAUUUCCCUAUGCCUGAGAGUCAGGGAGGCAUGGUGGAGACAGAAGAUGAUACAGAAUUACGUGAUCUCAUCUCCCAUGCCCUUGAAAGCAAUGGAGUAUUAUCCAAAAUCAGGGCACAGUUGCGAGCAAGUGUGUUCCUAGCUUUGGACCACCAGGCUGAUCUGAAAAAGAAGAUACCUUUGGGCAAUUUGGCACUUGAGGAUUUUUGGCAGACUUCUGCUGGCCCCCUUGUCCUGUCUUUGGUGCGGGAAUUCCUUGAGUACUUUCAGUUAGAGUUCACAUUGUCUGUGCUGGAUCCAGAGGCCAGGAGCAAUGGGACUGAUAAGGCCUUCCUCUCCAGAGAAAGGCUCUCCCAGCAACUUCAUCUUGAUUCAAAGAAGAGGGAACCACUUCUGUGUCAAGUGCUCCAGCAGACAACAUCUGAUGCUAAGUUAUCAUCACCAAAUGCUGCUGUUGCACAGCUGUCAUCCUUGGAGAAAGGGAGAGGUACAGAAGAACCAUCUUAUAGUGCAAACUAUGAGCCUGCAUCCCAGGCCACAACAGCAGAUGAGUUGGAAGGAUCGACAUCAGCAAAUGAUGCCAGUGGGGGUAGUGUUGUCUGCACACAGCAUAGUGAAGCCCUCAUUAGGUCCAGUCUCUCAAAUGGAAUCCAGAAGACAGAUGAGGAUGAUUUUUUCUCACAGCUCCCUGAAGAACCUGCAGAUUUCUUCAGGAAACUCUCUUCCUCCCUGAAACUGGGUGGAAAUACCAGCACAAAUGUCAUCAAGCCACCUGAUCUCAUUACUGGACAAGCGAAUCAUCCAAAAGAAAAUGUGAACACUAGGACAGAGGAAUUGGAAAGGAGAGAUGAGACUAGUGCAAGCAUCAGUGAGGAAAUUGAAGAAGAUCUCUCUGGCAUAGAUGAUCUUCUCAACAGCACCAAAUCUGGCUUGGAUGAGUUUACUGGAUUGGAAACUGUGUCUCAAGCAAGUGGUGCAGACAUUGACUACAUGGAGAGCCUUUGAUGUAAUAUUUUGGAAUGUGUUGAUCUCGUCUAUCAACAAAACAUUCUGGCAAUUUUUUUUAAAUAUCUUUGUUGAGUGUAUCACUUGAUCCCAUCAGUGUAGAUUUGACAAUGCCAUUCUAGUUGUAUAGAAGUGACAGUCUUAAAUAGUUCUACCCAGCAAUGCAAUGUGUUUGCAUAUGUUCUCAUUUCAGACCAGAGGAUGUUUUGAAGAGAUUGUUUGCUAGGUUCUAGUCCAUAGUGCCAUUUGCAAUUCCUUUGCUUGUCUGAAUCUCUUGACCAUGAAAAAUGUGAAUUGGAACUUUACCUAUUGCACUGAAAUCUGAUGUGAUGGUUUUAUAUGUAGAACUGCUGUGAUGUAAGUUGAGCAGUGCAUGUGCCAUAUCUCAUGAGGUUCCGUCCAUCUGUUUUCCAUUGCUCAUGGGAGGUUGCAGUUAUGAAGUUGUAGCAUGUUUCUUGCAUAAAGAUUCCUUGGAAAUGAACUGGUACA